GCACCCGAAGAGCAGAAGGCCCCGGGGGCCCCCGAGGAAGAGGCGGCGGCCGCGGGGGUGCCUGAGCGAGGGGUGGGCCAUGGCCGGGGCCCGGAGGUGGCCCCGGAGGAGGCGGAUGAGUCCAAGAAGGAGGACUUCUCCGAGGCGGACUUGGUGGACGUGAGCGCCUACAGCGGGCUCGGGGAGGACUCCGGGGGCAGUGCCCUGGAGGAGGACGAUGAAGACGACGACGAGGAUGGGGAGCCCCCCUAUGAGCCCGAGUCAGGGUGCAUGGAGAUCCCGGGACUGUCAGAGGAAGAGGACCCGGUUCCCAGCCGGAAGAUCCAUUUCAGCACGGCGCCCAUCCAAGUGUUCAGCACCUACUCCAACGAGGACUACGAUCGUCGCAACGAGGACGUGGACCCCAUGGCGGCCUCUGCGGAGUAUGAGCUGGAGAAGCGGGUGGAGCGGUUGGAGCUGUUCCCUGUGGAGCUGGAGAAGGACUCCGAGGGCCUGGGCAUCAGCAUCAUCGGCAUGGGGGCCGGGGCAGACAUGGGCCUGGAGAAGCUGGGCAUCUUCGUCAAGACUGUGACUGAGGGCGGUGCAGCCCAUCGGGAUGGCAGGAUCCAGGUGAACGACCUCCUGGUGGAGGUGGACGGAACCAGUCUGGUGGGAGUGACCCAGAGCUUUGCAGCCUCCGUGCUCCGGAACACCAAGGGCCGCGUGCGGUUUAUGAUCGGCCGGGAGCGGCCCGGUGAGCAGAGCGAGGUGGCUCAGCUAAUUCAGCAGACCCUGGAACAGGAGCGAUGGCAGCGAGAGAUGAUGGAGCAGAGAUACGCCCAGUAUGGGGAGGACGAUGAGGAGACCGGGGAGUACGCCACCGACGAGGAGGAAGAGCUGAGCCCCACGUUCCCAGGCGGCGAGAUGGCCAUCGAGGUGUUCGAGUUGGCAGAGAAUGAGGAUGCCUUGUCCCCUGUGGACAUGGAGCCCGAGAAGCUGGUGCACAAGUUCAAGGAGCUCCAGAUCAAGCAUGCUGUGACUGAGGCAGAGAUCCAGCAGCUGAAAAGAAAGCUGCAGAGCCUGGAGCAGGAGAAGGGGCGGUGGCGGGUGGAGAAGGCGCAGCUGGAGCAGAGUGUGGAAGAGAACAAGGAGCGCAUGGAGAAGCUGGAGGGCUACUGGGGCGAGGCCCAGAGCCUGUGCCAAGCUGUGGAUGAGCACCUGCGGGAGACCCAGGCCCAGUACCAGGCCCUGGAGCGCAAGUACAGCAAGGCCAAGCGCCUCAUCAAGGACUACCAGCAGAAGGAGAUCGAGUUCCUGAAAAAGGAGACGGCACAGCGCCGGGUUCUGGAGGAGUCGGAGCUGGCCAGGAAGGAGGAGAUGGACAAGCUCCUGGACAAGAUCUCAGAACUGGAAGGAAACCUGCAAACACUGAGGAAUUCCAAUUCUACUUAGCAGGAAUCUUUCCUUGACCAGACAAUAACUAACCCCUCCCAUUGUCCUCCCUCCCGUCCUCAAUAUUUCACCCCACCCCCUACCAGCCUGGGGACAGGUGCCCCGACUCCCCCACCCCUCUGCCCCACCUCCCCCAGCUUCAGGGACCAGAGGGCCCAUAUCACAGGCCCCAUUAUGGUGGCCCCGGGCGGACAGGUGGCUGGAAGGAUGGUCUCCUUCUUACUUCAUGGGGCUGAGGCACAGAGGCCGAGGGAUGCUGAGGGCUGGCCUGGGUGGUGGAUGGACACAAGGAUCUGCAGACCAAACUGCCAGACUUUACAACCUCCAGCCUUUGUCUCUGGACUGGAAUGGGGCUGAGGGCUCUCCCAGCAUUUCACCACCUGGAGGCUGCUCCCUGCCCACAGGGCUCCUGGACUUGAGAUUCUACCUUUUGGCCCCUCCCCUCCCCCAUCAUUGUGCUGUCUGUUUCAUUCUGAUCCUCCUCCUGGAAGGGGUUGCCUCCACACCUUCUCCCAUUGCUGUUUCCCCUCCCAGGAGGGAUUGAGUCCACCCAGAGCCUGGAGGCUGGGCCUGGCCCUGGCCCUGCACUGAUGUCUCAUGUAUUUCCAAGGAAAAGGGGAGUAAGAGUAGGGAGAGGGGGGCAGAAGCCCUCAGUUUCUCCUUGUGCCUCCCACCUGCCCUUCCCUGGUGCCAAAUAGCCAUAACCUCUUCCUGGAACUGUUCUCUGGCCUCUCGGGUCGUUUCCUGUCCAACCCUGGGAAUUCUGGGGAUGAGAGGAAAUCAGCUUUUAGGGGGCUGGCUGCAGAGACCUGGUCUUAGGCAAGAGAAACAUUUCUUACUGAGAGCCAGGCCCUGCCCUGCCCAGGGCCACACGUGGAAGCCUUGUACUAACACCAGAGAUUCAGCCUCACCCACCCACACCCUUCCAAUGUUUUGACUGGAGGGCAACAUUUUACUAAACUUUUUGGAGACCAGGGCUGCCCUGCUGACAGCCUGCUUUCUAAGUGAAAUUGACUCGUUUCCUCACUUUAACCCCAAAUUGGGGCUUGGACCAAGGGAGGUGGGGACCCUCUCCGGUCCCCCUCCCCUUUCAGAAUCCAUCUCUCAUUUUGCCCCUCCCUGAUGCCCCUGCCCCAGCCUGGGUUUUUGGCGUCUCCUCAUCCCCUAUAAAUAGACCAUGCCAUCUAUCAGUAUUUCUUCCCUCUCCCCUCCCCGUCUCCAGACGUUUCCCUACCCCUGAAAGAGCUGGCUGUCUCAGUGCCCGGCCCAUGCACUCCACCUAUGCCCUCGCAGAUGGAGGGGGCGGGGCCAGGCAGGUGGGGCCGCAGGCGCUCCUGGUUGCUCUGGCCAGUGUCGGUCCCCAUCCCGCCCUCUGCAGGACUGCGUCUCUGUAUAUAAUAUAUAUAUGUAUGUAUUGUUUCCGGUUUUGUACGGACCAUGCCCUCUGUCAGGUCGUCCCCAUAAACGCAGCCCCCAGAGC